AUGACUCCAAGACCAUCCUCCAGGCCUCAAAGCCCUCGAUCCUCAGAAUCAGACGACGCACCUCUCCUCUCUCGUAGUCCCUCGCCGCAAUCCCCCCCUCCCCCAAAACCACCAGUAUCAUGGUCCUCCCUCCCAAACAAAGGCCAACUCGCCGUCAUCCUCCUCGCACGCCUCGCAGAACCUCUCAGCGAACGCUCCCUAGCAUCUUAUCUCUUCUUUCAGCUCCAAUGGUUCAAUCCCGAUAUUGACCCUUCUGAAAUUCCUAAGCAGAUGGGUUACAUCACUGCUACGUUUGCGGCGGCUCAGUGUCUUACGUCCAUGUGGUGGGGAAGAGCUGCUGAUCAUCCGAGACUGGGGAGGAAGCGGGUUUUGUUGAUUGGACUGGGUGGUUCGUCUGUUUCGGCGUUGGGGAUGGGGUUUUCGAGAUCGCUUGGGGUGGCGUUCUUUUUUCGGUUUUGUGCGGGUGCGUUGAAUGGGAAUAUCGGGGUUUUGAGAACAAUGGUUUCUGAGAUUGUUCCUGAGAAACGACACAAAACAAGAGCUUUCCUCCUGCUGCCGAUAUGCUUCAACGUUGGGGUGAUCAUUGGACCUUUGUUGACAGGUUUCAUGGCCGAUCCUGUUCACACGCUCCCUGGCAUCUUUGGUCCAGGUUCUCUAUUUGGUGGAGAGAAAGGCGUGCAAUGGCUCGAGAAGUUCCCUUACGCACUUCCAAAUCUCUUCUGCUUCUCUAUCCUAAUGUCCGCUUUUUUUCUGGUCAUUCUGGGCCUUGAUGAAACGCACUCGCAUCUCCGACAUCAACCUGAUGCUGGACGCAGGCUCGGAAAGCUUCUGCUACGAAUUAUCCUUCGCCGAAAGAAGAAUGAGCAUCUUUACAGCUCUAUCAAUAUUCAAGAUACGUCUGAGGAACUGAUGGAUCAUGACGCUGAUCAAGAAUCUGAAGAAAGUCAAAGACCAGCCAAGGCAUACAGCAAAACGCGACCUCCGUUUCGAGACGUGUUGACAAAGAACGUCUGUCUCAACAUGCUGCAGCGCUUCUUGCAAUCCCUGCACGUCUCGGCUUUCAACUCAAUCCUAUUCAGUCUUCUGCCCACUCCAAAAGCAGACUCUGCAGAUUUUCAUCUGCCCUUUCGCUUCACCGGUGGUCUUGGUCUGUCAAGUGAGAGAAUGGGUUUAGCCAACACGAUCAUCGGAACGAUCGGCAUCCCACUUCAACUCUUUAUAUACCCCAGACUCAUUGGUAAGCUAGGCGUAAAAGCUUCAUACAGUGCUUUUCUUCCACUAAGCAUUAUCGCAUAUUUCCUCCUGCCAUAUCUGGUUCUCUUGCCAGAUAACAACGCUCUGGUUUGGACUAGUCUAUCUGCAGUUCUGAGUCUGCAGGUACUGUCUCGAACAUUUGUCAACCCUGCUACUAUGAUGCUUGUCAAUGAUUCAGCGCCGAGUCCGAAUUUGUUAGGCACGGUGCAUGGUUUGGCAUCGAGCAUUUCCAGCGCUGCUCGAAUUAUGGGACCUACUGUUGGUGGAACGUUGCUUGGAUGGGGUCUUGCUCAUAAUCUUGUUGGACUGCCUUUAUGGGUAUUGACGAUUUUGGCAUCGGCAAAUUGGGUUAUCUUGUGGUGGAUUGAGGAUGUGAAUAUGUCUGAAUGA